AUGGCCUUCUCACAACCAAUCCUGCGCAUGCUCUGCAGCGUGCUGUUUUUCAUUGCUUGCGUGCAAGCGCUCAAAUUCGACAUCGAGGCCUUCAGCAAGGGUGAUACCAGGGCGACGAGAUGCAUUCGCAACUUUGUGGCUAAGGAUACCUUGGUUGUGGUAACGGCUACGGUGGAUGGGACUAAGGGCGAUGGCAUGAUUCUCAACAUGCAUAUCAAAGAUGCGGUUGGAAACGAGUAUGGACGGCCGAAAGAUGUGACUGGCGAGAAGAGAAUGGCAUUUACGUCUCACGCAGAUGCGUCUUUUGAUGUGUGCUUUGAGAACAACUUUUCUGGCUCCGCAGGAGUAUCGAACCCAUUCCGCCAUAUCGAACUCGAUAUUGAUAUAGGUGCCGAUGCGAAAGAUUGGUCCGCCGUUCAAGCAACUGAGAAGCUGAAGCCUGUUGAGACAGAGUUGAGGCGGAUGGAGGAGAUGGUUGCUGAAAUUGUCAGUCAGAUGGAUUACCUGCGAACUCGCGAGCAGAAGCUCCGAGACACAAAUGAGAGCACGAAUAACAGAGUAAAAUGGUUUGCGUUCAGCACGAUGGGGAUGCUGGUUGCGUUGGGGGCGUGGCAGGUCAUAUAUUUGCGGGCGUACUUCAGGUCGAAGCAUCUCAUUUAG